AUGAGGUUCCGAAUCGUGAACGGAACGGAAGCAACGAUUGUCACCUAUCCGUUCGUUGUGUCCGUGCAAAAGUGGACACCAAGGCUAAAGCAACACAUUUGCGGCGGAACGCUUAUUAGCGAGCGCUGGAUCCUAACGGCGGCCCAUUGCGUCGACAAGAUCACGGCCGGCACGGUGAUGGUUCGUGCCAACUCAUCCUUCUACAACCGCGGUGGAAAGCUGCAUCGUGUCGAGCGAGUUAUACGGCAUGCACUUUUUUCCUACGCCACGGGUGACUAUGACUAUGGCCUGUUGAAGCUGAAGCAACGCUUCGUGCGCGGAACGUUUGUGAAACUGCCCUCGCAAAGGAAACGCUUCCCACCGGCGGAACGGUGCAGGGCUAUGGGAUGGGGUUAUACAAAGGGUCCGGCUGGCAGGGAACAGUUGCGGCAGGUUGUUCUGCCGAUUGUGUCCCAGGCGGUAUGCCAGAAGGCAUACGAAGCUACCGACAAGAUAACGGCCCGCAUGCUUUGUGCUGGUUAUGCGGAAGGCAUGCGAGAUGCGUGCGAUGGAGAUUCUGGAGGACCGUUGAUCUGCCGUGGUCUUCAAGCGGGUGUCAUUUCCUGGGCAAUUGGCUGCGCUCAACCAAACCAAUAUGGAGUCUACAGCAGCAUUGCGGAGGGUCGUGAAUGGAUCCGAAACCUUACGGGUGUGUAG